AUGGGGCAGAGACCAAGUGCCAAAAGUGUUGGCAACUUUGUUAUAUUUCUGUUGAUUUUACAAAACUGCGACGGGGCACGCAUCCAGCAGAGCCACCAGCAGGCGGGUGGGCGUGAUGGAUUAGCAAAGUUCGAGUUUAGCGCCCACAGCGCUGGAGGAGUUGCGGCAGAGAAGGAGGCGGAUGAGGAGGCUCUUCAUGUUUUUAAUUUUGCAAAAAUAUACAAAACUUUGUACGGCUAUGCGCGAUUGCCUCGGGCAGAAGGGCGUGCCGCUCGUAAGCCCUUCCUUGUGCUGGCGCAGCUGCAGCAGGACUUGGCGGAGCGGAUGAAGCGGACGACCACAGUGAAGCCUUUCAGUGUGCUGCAACAACUGGCCCUGGAGCAGCAGCAGCACUACCAGCCGUCCAAUGUCAGUGCCUUUCACAUCCUGCAGGCACUCGAUAAGGAUCUGGCGCUGCACGACAGCAAAACGACGACGCCAAAACCCUUUCGUGUGCUGCAACAGCUGGACCAGGAUGUUGCGGAAGCGCACAGGCACACCACUACGAUGAAGCCCUUCCACAUUGCGAGUGCGCUCAUGGAGGAUGCGGUGAAGAAGCAUCAGCAUUACCUGGAAGGCAGCUCCGCGGUGCAGGCACAGCACAAGGACUUAGUCAAAAACCAAGACAAGGACGUGCCGCAGGCGCAGGGCAGAGCCAAGCAAAGUCAGAAGCGAAGGCGAAAGCGAAUUCGCCGCAGAAGAAAGCGAAUUCGGCGACGCAGAAAGCGCACGCGACGCCGACGGCGAAAGAAGCGCAAAAAGAGACGCAAGAAGCGCAAGAAGAAGAAGCACAAGGGCGACAAAGGAGACAAGAAGAAGAAGCGAAAGAAGAAGGGAAAGCGUAAGAAGCGAAAGCGAAAGAAAGAGAAGCAAAAGCCAGAACCAACGCAUUCACCGCUGACCCUCUUCCAGCCGGCUCAGUUGAUCUUCGCGAAUCCCACCAAGCAGCCCCACUAUUACCAUGACCACCAUGGCUAUCCCCCUUACCCCUCUCAGACCUCCUCCUCAUCCCUCACAGUGCCCAGCGCCCUGUUGGCCAGCCUAACCACAGCGAAGCCUCCGACGACGACCACGCAGCGGCCCUUUAGCAAGAUCAAGGACCUGCUGCGGCACAACAACCUCUUCAAGAAGAAGAAAAAGGAAUACCUCAGCCAUGUGGGACAGGUGCUCUAUCCGUUCGUCAAGUUUGUGGCCUUCUUCACGGUCCUCAAUCCCUUCACCCUGGGCGUCUUUCUCUUCACGCUCGUCUCUCCCGCGGUCUUUGGCUUCCUGGGCUUUGUGGCGCUCAGUGUGCUGGUCAAGCCGUUCCUCAAUCUGGUCUUUGGUGUCAAGCAAAAUGUGGAUGCCUUCGACCGCAAGCGUUUUCUGGCCAACAAGCGGGCCGAAAGGCUAAAGCUCGGACUGCGUCCUGUUACCAUUCACAAGCAUUAUUAUCAGCAGAAACCCGUGCACUCGGCGCCGCCGCUGAGACUGCGUCCUGUGGGGGGACACUGGCGCAGGCAAUCGGAAAAUUUGCAGGCGCCACCCACAGCUCCACUUUCUCCACCUCGAGGGGCACCUAAGGGACACACGAAGCACUACAAUCCCCUGCUGCCAGACCACCGUGAGGCUCUUGACAUGGACUAUGAUGAGGUUUGA